AUGUUGGGUUUGGCAACGAGAGCAUCGGUGCUCGGUACGUUCCUACAGAAAUUAUCUAGAGCGAAAGACGGAAGAUUUUUGUUAUUCAGUUGUAAAAGAAGUACGCAGGUCGGAAAGUUCUCGCGAGGUUAUGCCGUGAUUUGCAGCGAAUGCGGCUCGUUGUUUGAUAAACAAAUAACUGCAGGUGGCAAAUCGAAGGAAUCGUUUUUUGGACAAUUGAGGUGGCUGUCUACGGAAGAAGAUCUCAAAUCCAUCAGCUUUGAAAAAAUUUGCAAUGAAACACUAGAAUCGCUGUCGGAAUACUUUGACGAAAUUAUAGAGGAAGCUGAUCAUCUGCAAGAUGCAGAUGUAUCCUAUGGUGAUGGUGUACUUACAAUAAAAUUUGGCAAAGAAUACGGAACUUACGUUCUCAAUCGCCAAGUUCCAAAUCAGCAAAUUUGGUUGUCAUCCCCAAAAUCUGGACCAAAACGUUACGACAUUAUUGACGGCACUUGGAUAUACAAACAUGAUGGAAAAUCGUUGUAUGAUUUACUGAACGAAGAAAUUCCCGAUGUUGUUAAAUUUCCAGUAUCCUUUGACAAAUGUUCUUAUGGUCUUGGUAAAAAAUAAGCCUGAGUUUAUUAUUACUUCUUUUAAAUUAUAUUGUACAUAAUUUUAAA